GGUCUGAGCCAGUAGUCUGUGUUUCAGUGAUACUGGAGACCCCAGACGGAGAGGUGAGACGAGUUUUACACAGGAGCUGUCCACUGAACUACUGGUGCUGAAAUCAGGAUCCCUUGUUCACAAACGGCAUCGCCCCUGAAGGAAUACAGUUUAUAUGGUCAUCAGCUUCUAUUACGGAUUUAUACGAACGCGGAUGCCUUAAAACAAAUUGUGGAAUACACCGAGUCCCCGCUUGAGACACUGUUGGUUUUAAACUAUUCUUUUUUAAUGUUUUCGUUUUCUGCUCUGUAAGUCUCUCUUGGAAAUAUUGCAGCCUACUGGAUGCCUUGUGACUGCACGAUCAGCAGAAGACCAAUGAGGACCCACGGGCAGCGGCUGGCGAUUUUAACGCUCGGACUUUUCUUCCUGGGAACCGAAGGGAGACCGAGCCAGGAUGGACACAGGCCCAAACUCUAUCAACCGCUGGUGCGAUUCCGUCAUAAGCAGGAUGGAAGCCCGGAGAGUCUACGCGUUACAGGAUCGUAUGGUCGUGAGGGGCACUCGGGACCCUGCGAGAACAAGUACUGCGGCCUGGGCCGGCACUGCGCCAUCAACUGGGAGACGGGACAGGGCGACUGCGUGUGUCUGGACGGCUGCAAGCCUCACUACAAGCCGGUGUGCGGAUCCGACGGAGAGCUGUACGCGAACCACUGCGAGCUUCACCGCGCCGCCUGUCUGAGGGGGAGGAAGAUAACCACUGUGCACAGCGAGGACUGUUUCUACAAAGAUGAUAAAUGCCAGAAGAAUGACUAUCGGAAGCUGAAAAACAUGGUGCUGGAUCUGCAUAACCAGAGGUACAUCAGGCAGGAUGAAACCGGGGAGAGUGACGAUAAGAUGCUCCUGAAAAGAGCCUUGGUGGACCAAAUGUUCAAGUACUACGAUGCUGACGGCAGCGGGCUCGUCGACAGCAGCGAGCUGUCACAGAUCAUCAAGCAGGAGGGGCUGGCCAGGGAUGGAUCUGAAUGCACACUGUUUGAUCUCCUGAAAUACGAUGAUGUCGACGACGAUGAACAUUUGACUAAGGAUGAGUUCUACAGGGCUUUCGAAGUGCUUCAGUUGAGCCUGCCUGAUGACCAGAGAUUGAGCAUCACCACGGUCACAGUAGGUCAGAGUACAGUCAUGACCUGUGGCAUUGUGGGAAUGCAGAGACCUCCUAUUGUGUGGAGGCGCAACGGUCAAGUUCUGAACAACUUGGACCUGGAGGACAUCAGUGACUUUGGAGAUGAUGGCUCCUUGUACAUAACUAAGGUGACCACCACUCACAUGGGCAACUACACCUGCCAUGCUGAUGGCUAUGAGCAGCUGUUUCAGACCCACACUCUCCAGGUGAACGUUCCGCCCGUAAUCCGGGUGUACCCCGAGAGCCAGGUGAGGGAGCCGGGGGUCACCGCCAGCCUCCGGUGCCACGCCGAGGGCAUCCCCAACCCGCAGCUGGCGUGGCUGAAGAACGGCGCGGACAUCACCGGGAAGCUGUCGAAGCAGCUCACCCUGCAAGGAAAUGGAAGUGAGGUUCACAUAAGUAACGUUCACUUUGAGGACACUGGAGCUUACACGUGCGUCGCGAAGAACGAGGCCGGAGUGGAUGAAGAUAUCUCCUCCCUGUUUGUAGAGGAUUCCGCACGGAAAACUCUGGCAAACAUCCUAUGGAGAGAAGACGGGUUUGGAGUUGGGAACAUGUUUUACGUCUUUUACGAGGACGGCAUCAAAGUGAUCCAGCCGGUGGCCUGCGAGAUCCAGAGGCACAUUAAACCCAGCGAGAAGCUGCUGGGCCUCCAGGGGGAGGUUUGCCCGAAAUCAGAAGGCGAAGCCGAUCAGAAGUGCGUCUGGGCGUCCGCGGUCAACGUCAAGGACAAGUAUAUUUAUGUCGCUCAGCCAACCCUGAACAGGGUGCUUGUCGUAGACGUGCAGUCACAAAAGGCUGUUCAGGUUGUGAAGACGGAUCCUGUACCGGUGAAGCUGCACUAUGACAAAUCCCACGAUCAGGUGUGGGUCCUCAGCUGGGGCGAUGUGGAGAAGAAUACGCCCACACUCCAGGUGAUCAAUCAGGCCAGCGGGAGCACGUCCCAUCACACCAUCCAUACCCCGCCAGUUGGCAGGCAGUUUGAUAGGGCGGAUGAUUUCUUCAUCCCAGCUGCGACCCUCAUCAUUAAUCACAUCAGGUUCGGAUUAAUUUUUCAUAAGGACGAGCCAGUGCUUCACAAAAUCGACCUGGAGACAACGUCGUACGUGAAGAACAUCAGCCUGAAGGACUACAACUGUAUACCAAAGUCCCUGGCCUACACCCACCUGGGGGGGUACUACUUCGUCAGCUGCAGGCCUGACGCGGAUGGAAACGCGCAGCCCCAGCUGAUAGUGGACGGCGUGACGGACUCCGUGAUCGGGCGCAACGGAGACGUCACCGGGACCCCGUACGUGUCCCCGGACGGGCACUACCUGGUCAGCGUCGACGACGAGGACGGCUUGAUGAGGAUCCAGUCCGUCACGGUCCGGGGCGAGGUCCGCGAGCCCUUCGACAUCCACACCAACCUGCACAUCUCCGACGUGGCUUUCCAGAGCUCCUUCACGCAGGCCCACCAGUACAACGCGCUGGCCAGCUCGGGCCUGCAGACCGACGUCCUGUACGUGGAGCUGGACACCGGCACCGUCAAGAUGAUCAAGAGCCUGAAAGAGCCAAUGAGAACAGCCGAGUGGCGCUGGGGCCCAAAGAACCGCGUCAUCGUGGACAGCGGGCUGUUCGGCCAGUUCCUGAUGACCCCCUCCAGGGAGUCCGUGUUCGUUUUGGACGGGCGUCUGAACAAGCUCAACUGCGAAUUAACUGAUGUCCCGAAAGGUAACACCGUUGUGUGGGUGGGAGAGGUGUAAUGUUCGGAUCUGCACGCCAUUGUACUGAAUUUGAUCAUAAAAUGUACACCCUCUAUACCUUGUUCAGAGUGUAAACUAAAAGCAAGAAAGAAACCAAAUCACCUGUUCCAAACUUGUAUCGGAUGUUGGGCCUUCAUCCAAAAUUAGAGCAAGCAAUGUUUUUUUUUAGUGUGUAUAUUGUCAAUAUUUCUGAAGGUUCUGCAGCUUUUUCUAAAACAAUAAAUAAAUAAUCGGGUUCUCUGAUAGAUACAAAGAGAAACAAUUUAUCUCCAGUUGCAGAGAAGUUUUACUACCAGAAUGAAACCUAUUCAAUGUGCAGCUGCCAUUUUUGGCAGUAGAAGCAGGAAAAGAGUUUGAGCUUUUUACAUUUGGCAUCUUCACUGCACUGUUGCACUGUUAACCUUGCAUUUGUGCCUUGAAGGAAAACAGAUUCAAGACCAGGAGUGCAGUGUAAUUAAUCCCAUUGUGAUUGGAUAUUAGACUUAACCUUCCUUUGUGGUCAGAGGCUUCGAAUCCAUGCUUGUGAAAUGUUUAAUGACAGGCAAAUCCCCUUUUGACUAAUUAGCAGCUUCGCUAUUGCUUUUUUUCUCCUUUAAAAUACGAGUUAAGAUGUUUGCGAUGACUGUAUUUAACAAAUCCCCUGAAUUGUGUUGUUAUACAUUAUAUAGAGGGAGCCAUUUGAAUAUUCUCCAGUUAAUAAUAGAAGCAGUGAAAAUGUGCUAUUGGAAAAUAAUUAAUUUCUGAAGAAUUAAUCUACUACAGGUGAGGUAGAAAUGUGCGGGUUAUAUUCAUAUUGCGAACAAACUGAUCUUGAUUGAAUAAUGUGUGUAGUCCUAUAAUGAGGUGUGGUUUAUGGUAUAAAGUGUAGCUGUUGACAUAGUCGUUUUUUGUUGUUGUUGUUGCUAUUUUGCUAUUUAUAUUCAGCAAAUCGAGACACAACGUGGGCAUAGGUACAGCUGAAACAAAUACACGAUUUGCACAUUUGCUAAGGGUAAUGGGGUGUAUUAACUGAGAAUUAGUCAGUGGGUAAUAAUCUCUCGUGUUAGCCUGGAUGCUAAAUGGAGCUUAGUGUAGGCUGACACUCUUGAAGGAUUUUGUGGAAAAAAAGACCAGAGAAGGUCACUUGAUGUUAGACAAAGAUUGGAGGGCACUGUAAAAGAUUCAAUUCUUCUUUCCAAAUAUCUUUUGGACUUGGUCAAGCACAAACUCGUGCUUUUAUUUUUUUUAAUUUUUUUUUUUUUAGAUGAACUCUCCCUGGAUGGACAUAUUCUAUGCAUUUUCAUUCUUAAACCCUAUUUUAGGGCAUUUGGGGAAUGGACCUGUAAAAAUUUCACUUUUUAAUUUGGGUUGGACAGACCCGAUUGAAUCAAACGGCAAUGUGCUUUGGCCUUGGUCUAACAGAGCCUUGGGUAACGGAUCUGAGCAAAUGAAGAAGCCGCAGCAUCGGCAACCGCUACACUAGUGAAAACUGUCACACCAAACGAGCGUAAAACUGUAUUGUACACGUACGUAGCAUUUGCUCAAAUUGGUUACACGAGAAAAAGCACCUUUGCAGUUGGUCGGAAUGGAGGCCAAAGCCCAGCUAAACGUCUGAAUAUUUAAUAGAUUUUAUAUUUUUUGAUUUCAUGUAUCUUAUUGGCCUUUCAACUUGUGUAAGGCAAUCAUUCAAAAAAUGUUAUUCUUAUAUAAAAGGUUAAUUUCAUAAAGAAUGUACCCCCUCAAUGCCUACUGUACUUCUACUUGUUUUUCUUUAUUUCUUUCUUUCGGUCUCCCUGGUUUCAUUAUGUACAUAGCAGCCAUUACUGGUCUGUAGGAUGUAUUGUAGUUAAUAGAAAUAUGUUUUUAAGGGCUCAGUUUACAAUUCUUAGAAACUGAACCCGCUUUAUUUUAAAAUGAAAUAACACCAACACUCCAAAUAUUACCAAGUACAGUGUGAUGUCACAUAAAACAUUUCCAUAUGCAUCUAGUCAUGUAUUUCAAUUCAUGUGGUAGUUAUUUAUGUAGAAAAAUGCUUGACAUUGACAGAAUAAUAAAAGCCUAUUCCUGGGAAAAUG